CACCUUCUUCAGAGAGUCACAGCAAUUAACGGCGCUGGUUUGAGGAACUAACGGUGAAAGCAGCAUGUUAGCAAACAGGCUGAGCACGGCGAGGCGCCGGGAGCCAGCGCCCGGGGCUCAGAGCGGCUGCUGAGCAGCGGCCGGACACGGAGGAGAGGUAGAGAUGGAGGCGAGCUCAUCAGCCCUCUGCCACCCCAAACCCCGGCUCUAACCCUCCCUGCAACCGCAAAUCUCUGCCCAGCAGAGGCUGAAGAUACCUGAGAUAAGAUCAGCCCAUCUGCGGCCGGACACGGGGUGUUGCAGCCCAGGGCUGGGGUGCGCGGGGCCGAGAGCUGGCUGUGCUGGAGGGAUCCCACCGGAGCACCUCAUCCCUGUGCUUUCCCAAGCGCUGAGCCCGGGUGAUGCCAAAGCCACGGAGACCAUGGCCAGGCGCAGUGCCAGGACACUAUUCCUGCUGCAGCUCUCCCUGCUCCUGCUCCUGCUCCUGCACCUGGGUGGGACCAUGGGCUGUGCUUUGGUGGCCGUGGGCUCCCCCAUUGUGCCCCUGGGCUCAGCCGUCACCGCAUCCUGCACCAUCCAGAGUAAGCUGUGCCGCGGCUUGGAGCAGGAGAAGGUCCGGAUCACAUGGAUGCUGGACAAUGAGCCCAUAGCUGGGCAACAGGGCCAGGGCCCAGGGGACACGGAGGUGUCCAACCUCACCCUGCCCCAGUUCAACCGCACGCAGGCCAAGCUGUGGUGCUGGGUGGAGUGGAACGGGACCAAGCAGCGUGUCGGCAUGGCCGAGAUCAGAGCGGGCUAUCCACCUUCAAAGCCCUUCAACCUCAGCUGCACCCUGAACCUCAGCGACUACGGGCUGACGUGCCAGUGGGAGCCGGGGGCCGACAGCCACCUCCCCACCAGUGUUGUGCUGAAGUGUGCUGGGAGCAGAGCCCCGGCGGUGACAGGCUGCACCCCGCAAGGCGGCCGCAGCCGCUGCACGGUGCCGCGCCGGCUGCUGCAGCUCUACCGGCACAUGGAGAUCUGGGUGUCCGCCACCAACACCCUGGGCACGGCCGAGUCGGAGCAUCUCUGCAUCGACCCCAUGGAUGUCGCCAAGCUGGACCCGCCAGCCCUGCAGAGCAUCCAGUCCAUCCCCUUCCAGACCGACUGCAUCGCCCUGACGUGGGAGGUGGCGCGGAGCAACGCGCACAUGGAGCUGCAGUGUGAGCUGCGCUACCGGACACCCGCGGACACUGCCUGGGCUCUGGUCACCAACAUCAUCGGCCACGCUGGCACCACGCAGUGCUGCGGCUUCCUCUUCGGCACUCAGUACCACUUCCAGAUGCGGUGCCGGCGGAGCUUGGCACAGGGCUACUGGAGCGAGUGGAGCCUGGGCAGGAAUUACACCACCCAUGAGAAAGCCCCCACAGGGAAGCUGGAUGCGUGGUGGAGCACUCGGCCAGCCGGGCCGGGCAAGGGGCUGGAGGUGCAGCUCUGCUGGAAGGCCCCGCGGCGGCAGGAGGCAAACGGGCAAGUGCUGGGGUACCACGUCACCCUGAGCCCCAGGAGGAGGGGCAGGGACCCCGCCUUGGUCUGCAACACCACCCACACCCACUGCAACUUCUCGGCACCCUCGGGGACCAGGAGGGUCUAUCUCUCAGCCUACAACGCCGCUGGCGAGGGGGCAGCGACCGAGGUUGUCCUACUGGAGAGGAAAGGUCAGCCCCUGGCCGGGCUCCGGGCUGUGCCCGGGGGUGAGCGCAGCCUCUGGGUGCACUGGGAGCCACCGCCGGUGCCAGUGGCCACGUACAUCCUGGAGUGGCAGCGGGUGCCCUCGGAGCCCGGGCACUGCAGCGCCUGCUGGCAGAUGGAGCGUGAUGGGGCUGCCACCACAGCCCUCAUCCAGGAUGGCAUUGAGCCUUUCCAGCGGUACAACAUCUCGGUGUACCCCCUCUACAGGGAUGCCAUAGGGGUGCCCGUCCACGCCGCAGCCUACUCCAAGCAGAAGGCACCGUCCUAUGCCCCGAAGCUCCACUUGAAGAGCAUCAGCAAGUCCAGCGCUGAGCUGUGCUGGGACCCGCUGCCCGUGGAGAUGCAGAAUGGCUUUAUCACCGCUUACACCAUCUUCUGGGCCAACAGCACCAUGGACAUGUCCAGUGCCACUGUGAAUCCCUCUCUCAGUUCCUUCGUCAUCCGGGAGCUGAAGCCAUCGACGCUGUACAAAGUGCACAUCAUGGCAUCCACAGCUGCCGGCGGCACCAACGGCACCAGCCUGACCCUGGUGACCACAGCGCUAGAUGACACCGAAAUCCAGUUCCUCUUCCUGACCCUUGGGCUGGUCUUUAUCCUGCUCAUCCUUUCGCUCAUCUGCUUCCAGAAGAAGGGGCGGGUGAAGCAGCAGUUCUGGCCCAGCGUCCCGGACCCGGCCAACAGCAGCCUGGGCAAGUGGGUUCCAGCGGAGCUGCAGCAGGAGCCUCUGCAGGUCCCCGGCGUGAAGGAGCCCGGCCUGGCCACCAUUUCCACCGUCACGGUGCUGGAACGGGCGGCGGGGAAGCCACCAUCUGCCUGGGGCAAGGAGCCAGGCGCUGAGCCCACCGUGCCCCAGGAGGACCGGGGCACCCCGUGCCGUGGCUGGGCCGCAGCGGAGCCGUGCCGGGAGCGGGGCGGGAGCGGGGAGCCGGUGCAGUACGCGCGGGUGAUGGGCAGCGGGUACAAGGGGCAGCAGCACGGCCGGCCCCGCUUGUACCUGCGCUCCAGCUCCACGCAGCCCCUGCUCCUCGACCCCAGCCCCAGCCCGCUGCCCUACGAGAACCUGUGGCUGGGCUGCCCGGGGGACGGCGGCUGCCCCGAGGAGCUGCCCGCCACCUUCCCGCUGCUGCAGGGGCUCCGCAUCAGCGGCGCCGAGGAGCUGCACGACUGCCGGGCGGCUUAGGGCUGCGCUACCGGGGACAGCGCUGUGUGCGUGCCCUCCUGUCCCCUCCCUGCUGCAAUAAACGGGGACGCGCUGAGAACGGCCCGGAACGUCUCUGCGGCGGGACGAGCCCGGAGCGGCCCCGGGGGCGCGGAGCCUCCGCCGGGGCUCGGGGGUGCCCGACGCGGGUGUCCCGCCCAUCGACGCGCUCGGCGCUCGGCCCCUUCGCCGUGGCUCGGCGCUCGGUUGUGGUGCCUGGGCAAGAUGGCGGCGCCCAUGUCGGCGGGGCCGUGACGGGCGGGCCAUGCUGGCGCUGCGGACGGUGCUGGGCCGCUGCCUGGCGGGGCCGGCCCGCGGCGGGGCCGCUUGCAGCCCCCUUAUUCAGCCAGCCAGAUGUUACGCCAGACCUGUGA